CACAGCCUGGCCCAGGGACAGCAGGGACAGUCCGGAGCCCGUCCCUGCCCAGCCCUCCCCCGAGAUCCAGGCUGCUGCGUCCUGCACCACCUCCUGCUGCUGGCUGAAGUCCUCGAUAUCCUUGGCUGGAGGGUGAGGGCGCUGAAUCCCCACGUAGGUUGUGUGCUGGCAGAAAACACGUGCAGCACAAUUAGAACAAAUGCCCCGCAAGCGUUAAUUAGACUUGGGGCUGGGCUGGGCUCUAGGGGAUGCUGCCAAGCCCCCCCAGCCCUGCAACCAUUGCUGUCUUGAUGGGUGCUGGGGGCUGAGCCUGUGGCAGCUCUGCAGACAGCAGGACGUGCUGGGUCGUGCCAGAGCAGGGCACUGAGCUCUGUCUCUAGCACAGCCGGGCGCCUGCGCCUGAGCCCGGCUCCCCAGCAGGGCAGGACGUGCAGAGCGUGGGGCAGGCUGUGCUGGGGCUGCCAGCACGGAGAACAGCACCAUGGCUCAGUCCAAGGGCACGGUGGUCCUUGCCUACAGCGGGGGGCUCGACACCUCCUGCAUCCUGGUGUGGCUGAGGGAGCAGGGCUACGACGUUGUCGCCUACCUGGCCAACAUCGGGCAGAAGGAAGAUUUUGAGGCAGCACGAAAGAAAGCUCUGGCACUGGGGGCCAAGAAGGUUUACAUCGAGGACGUGAGCAGGGAGUUCGUGGAGAGGUUCAUCUGGCCGGCAGUGCAGGCCAACGCUCUCUACGAGGAUCGGUACCUGCUGGGCACGGCCCUGGCCCGGCCCUGCAUCGCCCUCAAGCUGGUGGAGAUCGCCCAGCGCGAGGGCGCCCAGCACGUCGCCCACGGCGCCACCGGCAAGGGCAAUGACCAGGUUCGGUUCGAGCUCAGCUGCUAUGCCCUGUGUCCCAAGAUCAAGGUUGUUGCACCAUGGAGACUGCCCGAGUUUUACCAGCGCUUCCCUGGACGCCGUGAGCUGAUGGAUUAUGCCAAGAAACAUGGGAUCCCAGUGCCUGUGACACCUCAGAUGCCCUGGAGCAUGGAUGAGAACCUAAUGCACAUCAGCUACGAAGCCGGGAUCCUGGAGAACCCCAAGAACCAGGCUCCUCCCGGGCUCUACACCAAGACAUGUGAUCCGGCCAAAUCUCCCGACACCCCAGACGUGCUGGAGAUCGAGUUUGAGCGGGGUGUCCCAGUGAAGGUCACCAACAUUGGGGAUGGAGCCACUCGUUCCUCAGCCCUGGAGCUCUUUGUGUACCUGAACGACAUCGCGGGCAAGCAUGGGGUCGGGCGCAUUGACAUCGUGGAGAACCGCUUCGUGGGCAUGAAGUCCAGAGGUAUCUAUGAGACCCCAGCGGGAACGAUCCUACACCACGCGCAUUUAGAUAUCGAGGCCUUCACCAUGGACCGGGAAGUGCGGAAAAUCAAGCAGGGGCUCUCCCUGAAAUUCUCAGAGCUGGUGUACAACGGCUUCUGGCACAGCCCCGAGUGUGAGUUUGUGCGGGAGUGCAUCGGGCGCUCGCAGGAGCCGGUGCUGGGCACCGUGCGCCUCUCUGUCUUCAAGGGCCAGGUCUACAUCCUGGGCAGGGAGUCCCCACGGUCACUCUACAACGAGGAGCUGGUCAGCAUGAACGUGCAAGGGGACUACGAGCCCGCCGACGCCACCGGCUUCAUCAACAUCAACUCGCUCAGGCUGAAGGAAUAUCAUCGUCUCCAGAGCAAGGUCACCGUAAAGCAGGAUGAAUAGCAAUCAAUCGCACGCGAGCCUCCCGCUCCCCUUUCUAAUUUCUCUAAGCAGUAGCACUAAUUGUGGUGGCAAUUUGUAAUUGUAACUCGUCUCCCUGGAGCGGAGCGGCGGCGGAGGUGACGGCUUUGUUACGGGGCUGCAAGUGAAAUGCAAUCGCGGGUGGGGGGAAAGAAAAAAAGAGGUUUGUCCAUCGGAAGAGAAGUGGGGAAAGAAAUAAACCCCCAGCCACGCGCGGGGUCCGGCAUUGAGAGCCGGGCUUUA